AUGGAUAGGUUCUCGGUUAGGAUCUUCGUCUAUUUCCAAUACUGACUGGGCCACGUUCGAUAGUGAAUCCCAGUCUUCCGUCUCAAAACCAUCACAUAAUUGGGCGACAUUCGGAGAAGAGUGGAUUGCGCCCGUACAAGUUUCAAAAAGCUCUGCUCCGGCUAGACCACCGCCACCAAAAGUACGCAAUUGAUUAUUUUAUUCAUUCAGUCAUUGUCCGGUUUUUAGCAAUUCUCCGCUCAGUCAACCGAUAACAUUUCUUCUGUGUUUGGAAUUCAAUCCACCGUUCAACCCUCUCAAGCGGUCACAACCAUUCUUACCUCUGUCAGUGAUUUCGAAAUCGGGGCUUUAUCAGAUGGAGUAGCGUCGGACGAGGAUAAACGUGCGAGAAUAAUCGAAGAGCUUAUUAGUUCAGAGUUGCAAUUCAUCAGUGAUAUAAACGCGUAUACAGAGGUUGUGACCUUUCUAGCGUCUGUUUAUGGAAUCCAAUAUUUCAGGCAGUUGAGAGCUCUCCUCUUCUUAAUCAAAAACAAAAAGUAAUUCUGCGAAACGGAUGUGCUCAAAUUGUGCAAUUAUCUUCGACUCUCGUUCAGCUUCUUACUAGUGAACAAAGUGCGUAUAUUUCAAAACGCUUGACAAAAAUUGAAAACGUUUAGUAAAACCCAUGGAAGCUCAACAAAUUGGGACGUGUUUUCUGCAGUUGCGAAAACCGUUCGCUCAGACGUAUGGAUUCUAUUUUCGAAACAUCGAGCACAUCAAUACACUUCUCACAUCUGCUGUUUGUAAUGUUUUUCUUCAGUAACCGGAAAUUCACUAUUUCAGAAGCAUGAGAAAACCAUGGACUCAGUAUUGCAAGAUAUUGUAAAAAGAAUGAGAGAGAGUGGAGCGGUGGUUAUCGACGGACCCACAUCAGUUUCUAGACCAGUUCAGCGCUGCUUGAAGUACCCACUCUUUUUGAAUGAAAUCGUGAAGGUUUCUGAAUUUUUUUUGAGUUGCUCUAUCAAUUGUGUUAAAUUGUUAAGUUGACCCAGCUGAACCAUACGGAUCAUCCAAAACUCAUGGAAGCCAUCAAGCAAAUGUCAAAUCUUGGCCAAAAAAUGAAUGAAUCGAAAAGAAGAAAAGAAUUAAGUAAGUUGUUGCAAUCAAAUACAAUUUUUCAGGUUUAUGCUUUUCUUUCAGCUCAAAAAUACAUGUCAGACGAUAAGCAGACUAUUGGAGAAAUCCUUUCGAAAAUGACGUUUCACUCGUUGAAAAAGAAAUCGAAUCGUUUCACAUAUCGCAUGGGAUCAUCAUUAGGAGUUGUCAAAUUGGUAAAUAAUAAACUAGAUAGUUCCUUCAAAACAACAUAAAUAUUCAGCUGAGAGAUUCUGAUUUUGACAAACUUGUCUGCGAAUUGGACAGUGCAGAACGAAGAUUGGUCCGAUUCAACUACAUGCUCGUGAUCUAUCGAAAGAAAAUGUUUCAUGAGACGAGAGUAUUAAUGCACAAAAAAUUAAUAGAGCCUAGUAAGACGAAGCCUUAGCUGAAAAUUUCAUUUUUACGGAUUCAGAGAAAAAACACCUUUCUAACAGUGAGAUCGAUUUACAACUACAGCCAUUCAAUCAUGCCAUAAAAUUGUGGGCGAACGACGUAAACUUAAAAAUUCGGGAUGAAAUUGUUAAAGCUCUGCGGAACAUACCGAAGCGAUUGAUAACAAAAAGAAAUGACAAAUUAAUGGAUUACGAGGCAGGAAAAACGAGAGAAAAAGGCAGUAGAGUCAGUGAAAAUCCGAAGGCAAAACGUUAUAUUUUCUUUCAGAAAAGAGAUUUCGCUGAAAUCCAGAAAGACUAUGAAGCUCUAAAUACUCAAGUGAAGCAACAGCUGCCUAAAAUCACAGAGCAUUUGACGACGGUAUGCUUUGUUAGUUUUCUGUCACUGAUUAAGAAUUUUUAAGGUUCUGGCAUGUUCUAUGAGAAUGGUUUUCGAACAGGAUAAAAGGCUAAUGGAAACACUGAGAAAGAUUUUUAAUGAAGCGAAAAGCAGAAGUGCCGAUGAUCAGAACAAACUGAGCAGAUCCUUGAUUACUUCAACGUCGGCUUGCUUUGUAGACCACUAUGAUCAAGAUAGAAUGAAGCCUCUACAGAAAAUUGCCAACAAGGUUUGCACAUUUCAAACAAUGUUUAUUGCAAAGAGCAAGGAAGGUUGCCCCUCUGAGCAUCCCUUUUCUUGCCCCCUGAAAUCUGUGCUCCCUCUGAGUAAAUGCCCUCUCUGAGACAGUUGCCCUCUAUUUUGUUGCUCCCUGGGAAUAUCGGCCAAGUCGGAAACUUCUGAUUUUUCAGGCAGUUCAAAGUUUAAAACAACGUGCGAGAUCUGCUUCUCCCACGAAUAAAACUGAUUUCUUACCACCUUGGGAAAAGGCAGUGACGUCGUCUUCACCGAAAGCAAUAGGAGCUGUUGAAACAAAAAGUGAAAUGAAGGAUCUAUGGGCAGAAGUUCAGUCUAACGCACCGACAGCUGAGCAUCCUUCCAUUCCAUUUAGAUUACCAGAUCACAAGUUCCGACCUCAGAACGAAACGGAACGAAAUACCAUUCUCGAAAAAGCAAGAUCCAAAGGAAGACUUAACGAAAUUUUUAUUGUUACGUCACAUUAUCCACAGGAUGUAGGAAUGUUGAAACUUGCACUUUCCGAAGGGAAACUAUUGUUAGUACGGGAAAAUGACUUGGUGCUUGCUGUAAAUAGAGAAGUCCCAAGCAUGUGGCUGUGUUACAAUGGAUUUUACAACGCGAUGCUUCCGAGUUCUAUUCUCCGACCGUACGCCUCCAUCGAAUUAGGAUUGGAUGUUGCGAAGACUGUUUCCGUUUUCAAAACUGCUCCAGCGGUUGCCCAAUCUGUAAAUCCCGGUCCCAAAAGCCAGAAUUUAAUCGACUUGGAAGAUUUAUUCGGCACAGUUCCAUCGCAAGUUACAAACUCUCAAAAGUCUCUGGAAUCACUGAGCUCGGAUUUUUUAAUUAGCCCUCUUCGACCAACAAGCUCCUCUACACUAGAUUGGCAUAUAGCUGCAAAAAGCUUACCAUUGGCACCAGCUCCGCCCACAACAUCCAUACAACUUCGACACUUAAUCGAGUCAGUGAAUGCACCUCAAGUGCAAAAAGAUGGAGCAAAUUACAAUUUGGAAGAAAGUGAUCUUUUUUCCGGUCUCGCAUCUAUCGACUGGGGCAAAUCAGCUUCAGAGAUGCCCUUAUAUGAAAACCCCGAAACUGAAAAAGUGAGCUCGCCGCCUGUUUCGGGCUUUCGUGGAGUUGACUAUGCAACCGGCCUUUUCAAUCCGAACUCACUCCCUGACGAAGCUCCUCCGCCGUUACCAGUCUUCAUGAAAGACACAUUUGAAUUUGCCAGUUUCCCUCCGCAAUCAAACUGUGAUCAGAAUUCUGCUCCUAUACAGUUUCCUGUUAGUUUCGCUGAUUCUCCAACAAAACUACCUGCACCACCAACUACUCAGAAGAGGAGUGCAUCAGCUGCCGCUCAACCAACAAACGUGUGGUCUUCUUCUGUUCUCACAAGGUAAAUUAUAGCCAGUAUAAUAGAAAAAUUAACAUUUUCAGAAGUGAUUCACCACAACCUCUAAUUCCUUCAAGGCCAGAACCAAAAGUUAAGAACGACAUCUAUCCGGUGCUUCCUCGCCAAACGCAACCCACUGAAUGUAAAUCACUUUAUUACUGUAGCGAUAUCGUGCUGUAUUUCAGCACUCCCAAACGAAUCUUCCAAUCAACAGUUGCCAUUUUAUUCUUCUGUGCCCGGUGACACCUUUGCUAUUUCACCAAUGUACGAUGCAACUCCGCAAUGUAAGCUCCACGACUCUAAAGACUCUAAAUACAAAAAUCAUUCCAAUGCCACGUUUCAGUGUCUCAACCCAGACAAAAUUCAGUAUAUGAUUCGCCUCCUGCUAUGUCGUCCAUUUAUGACCAGGCGCCGACUGGGCCAAUGUCAUCAAUGCGUCCUGUGGUAUACGAGUGAAACUGUUUACUCUCUGAUUAAAAUAUUUUUUAGCUCUGCAAAGUAAAAGUGGACUAUGACUUCUUGCCGCAAGGAUCAAAUCAAGUAGCUGUUAACGAGGGAGAACUGAUAGGAGUUCUCCAAAGAACGGACGACGACGGAAAUCCGGAAUGGCUCUUAAUUAAACGGGCUAGUGGCCAAGUUGGAUAUGUUCCAGCAGCAUAUUGUAGGCCAACUUGA